AUGACAGCUGAAGUCGAUUUGACUCUACUUGGGCUCUCCGAGCAGAAGAUUAAGGAGACGUUGAAAAAUGGAGUAUUGACGAUACAACUGGGCAAUAUCAUCAAUGAGACGAAGACACAGUUAAAAGCUGAGAAGAUCAAAGAGGAGAAUUUCUCGAAACAGCAGGGGACAUUGUUGUACCAUGUCGGUACAAGAAUCAAAAGUCAGUGCGUACAGCAUAUUCCGUUGCUUGUCAAGUAUAUUGUAAAUGGAGGGCUCAAAACUGAACAACAGAUCCUUGCUGCACUCGAGUAUUUACUCACGACCGCUGUUUCUGGGGUCGAUAUCAAAAAAUUUGAAGAAGCUUCUGGUGUUGGAAUUGUUGUUACGAAUGAUCAGAUUGAAGAAAUUGUUACGAAAGUGUUCAACAAAUACAAAGAGCAAAUUUCCGUGGAUCGUUAUUCUUUUCCAGUGGGGAAAUUAUUGGGUGAAGUUCGAGCUUUGUUGCCAUGGGGCGAUGGCGGUUACAUGAAGAAGGAAUGUGAUCUUCGAAUUAUUGAGUUUCUUGGUGCGAAAACCGAAGAAGAUCUUGCUCCGAAGAAAAAGCUUAAAAAGGAAGAGAAACCGAAAGAAAAGGAGAAUGGCAAACCUGCAAAGCCAUCAAAGGAAGAUGCUGUAAACGGUGAAAACAAAACCGACGAAGGCGCAUCUACGAUUGAAGAACUCAUGCGCACGAGGGCAAAUUUCCACAAACCUGGUGAGAACUACAAGACUGAUGGUUAUGUGGUAACUCCGAAAACAGAAGAAAUCCUAAAAAAACAUUUGAAAAAGACUGGUGGAAAGGUAAUCACUCGAUUCCCUCCCGAGCCUAACGGAAUUCUUCACAUUGGCCACGCUAAAGCGAUCAAUAUCAAUUUCGGAUAUGCAAAGGCGCACAACGGCGAGUGUAAUCUUCGCUUUGAUGAUACAAAUCCAGAAAAAGAGGAAGAGAAAUUCUUUACUGCAAUUGAAGAUAUUGUUCGAUGGCUUGGAUACACACCUGCUCGAAUUACACAUGCCUCGGAUAAUUUUGAUCAGUUGUAUGAGUGGGCAAAAGUCUUGAUCAAGAAUGGAUUGGCGUAUGUGUGUCAUCAGAAAGUUGAAGAAAUGCGCGGAUUUGAAGUCAAGCUAUCUCCCUGGAGAGAUCGUCCGAUUGAUGAAAGUUUGCAACUAUUUGAAGACAUGAAAAAUGGUAAAUUUGAAGAAGGAGAAGCAACCUUGAGAAUGAAAACGAUUUUGGAAGAAGGAAAGGUUGACCCUGUGGCAUACCGGAUCAAGUAUUGCACUCAUCACCGUAGCAAGGAUAAAUGGUGUAUCUACCCAACAUAUGAUUACACGCAUUGUUUGUGUGACUCGAUCGAACACAUCACGCAUUCAUUGUGCACAAAAGAAUUUCAGAGCAGGCGUUCCUCAUAUUAUUGGCUGUGCAACUCUCUUGACAUUUAUUGUCCCGUUCAAUGGGAGUACGGUCGUCUCAAUGUCAACUAUACAGUGGUUUCAAAGAGAAAGAUCUUAAAGCUAAUUCAGACGAAAACUGUCAACGAUUGGGAUGAUCCUCGUCUCUUCACCCUAACAGCUCUACGACGUCGGGGAAUACCUGCCGAGGCAAUCAAUGCUUUUGUUGCCAAACUAGGUUUAACCAUGUCUCAGAUGGUGAUCGACCCACAUAUGCUUGAUGCAACGGUUCGCGAUUAUUUGAACACCAAUGCUCCUAGAACUAUGGCCGUGUUGGAUAGUUUGCGCGUGACCGUUCGCAAUUUUGACGAACUUGGACUAUCAUCCACUUUGAGUGUUCCCGAUUUUCCAGGAGAUCCUUCAAGCAAGAACCACUCGGUAGCCGUGGACAAGAUUUUAUACAUCGAGCAAACGGACUACAAGACGACACUUGCAUCUGAUAAGUCAUUCCGACGACUCACUAAAGAGCAGCCGGUUGGUCUGAAACACGUUGGGCUUGUUCUAUUUGUCGAAGAGGAAAUUAAGCAUGGUGAUAAGGUGGCCGAAUUGAUUGUACGUGCCGAACGCCUGACGGAGGAGAACAAGCCUAAAGCUUUUAUUCAUUGGGUUUGCAAACCCGUUUCCGUCGAGUGUCGUCUCUACGAGAAAUUGUUCAAGAGCAAGAACCCCGAAGAUCCAAAUACCGUUCCUGGAGGAUUCUUAACAGAUUGCAAUCCUAAUUCAAUCACCCUCCUGCACAAUGUGCUUGUGGAUCAUUCUGUUGCCAGCUCAAAGGUCUACGAUCGUUAUCAGUUUGAACGGAUUGGUUACUUUUCAGUCGACCCGGAUAGUACUCCUGAAAGGCUGGUCUUCAACCGAACCGUCUUGCUGAAAGAAGAUAAGGAAAAA